UUUUCUUUUCUCCACUUCCUAAAUCUUAAGCAAAGCCAUCAAGUCCAGUCCACUCUCCAAAUUCUUUCAAAAAAUAUUCCAGCUAUCCUACGCACCGAAGUUAUCCGGUGCACGUUAGCAUCACCACCAACCAAAAGCAACGACCAGCGCCACCACCACUGCCGUCGCAGCUACCAUCAUGGCUACUCACUCUCGACCUCCGCCACCAAGACCACUUGACCUCGACUUGACGAUCGUGUCAGCCAAGCAUCUAAAGAACGUCAACUGGCAAAACGGCGAUCUAAAACCCUACGCAGUCUUCUGGGUUGAUCCAGACCGACGUUUAUCAACCCGGUCGGACGAUUCUGGCUCAACUCGACCUGUCUGGAAUGAGCGCUUCACCCUUCCCCUUGUUGUUCCUCCACACGAAACCGUUUUGACCCUCGAGAUCUUUCAUUCCAAACCCUCUGAAACUCCGAAGCCUUUGGUGGCUACUCUCCGGGUUGAGCUCAAGGAAUUACCCGACCUGGAUGAUGGUUCCAAGAUCCGAACCUUUUCUUUGCUCCGACCCUCGGGUCGUCCCCAAGGUAAGAUCCGGUUGAAACUUGGGAUCCGGGAACGUCCUCUUCCACCACCUCAUGAUUACCAUUUUGCCCCUCCUAGCUAUUAUUACACAAAUGCCCCUCCUCCACCAAGAUACUCUGCUCCGCCUUACGUUUCUCUUCCCCCGCCGCCUCCUCCACCGUCAUCCUCUCCUCCUCCGCCAAAUCCGCCUUACUCCUCCAUCCCCGAGGGUUACCCUCCCUACUACUCCAGCCAUUACUAUUCCUCUCCGCCACCGCCCAUGCCUCCACGUCCUUUCUUCGAACGAGCUUCCAGCUAUGGAACCCCAUCGGCGCCAGUAGAUUACUCGCCGUACGAUCAGAAGCCUCGGGGAGGUUCUAAAAUUGGGGUAGGAACUGGAUUAUCUGUUGGAGCGGUUGCAGGGGCUUUAGGUGGAAUGGCGUUAGAAGAAGGAUUGAAAUACGAAGAAGAAAAGAUUAGUGAAAGGGUUGAGCAUGAAGUGACUUCAAAGGAAAGGGAUGAUUAUGGUGAUUAUCAUCGCCCAGAAUAUUGAUGGGUUUUUUAAGGCAAUGAUGAUGCUGAUGAAGGUUAUGAUGAUCAUGGCUUAUAUUUAUAGAUAUUUGUGUAUAUAAUUUGUGAUCUGAUAACAUGUCUGUGCUUUUAAUGUUUGGGAUUAAAAUGAUCAAAUAAAAUGUGAGCUGAGAACAACUUGUUGAUGUUUAUUAUGUGCUAAUUUCUUCUGCUUCAAGAAUAAAUCUAAGUUUUAACA